AUGCUGGGCAGCGGAGCGUCCAGCGUAAUGUCCGGCGGUGUUCCGGCCGGCGGACGGGAGCGUUGGGAGCGCUGGGAUUGGAGUCGGACAGGGCGAGGGCUGGCAGCGUGGGUCAUCCUAUCAGCCUGCAUGUGCUACCACACACACGCCCAGAUGAGGAUACCACCUGAGACGGUGCAGGAUUGGGCAAACACUCUUGGGCGGCAGCUUGUUGCCAUGACGAACAGAUACUCCGGGGUCCUCCUCCUGCAGAAGAAGUAUAAGGACAUUGAGCCCAUUGUGAAGAUGGAGGAGGUGGAUGGAACGGAGCUGGUGCAGAGCUUUGCUGAGGAGAUGGAGAGGAUGCUGGGCAGGAAGAUGAAGUCCGUCAAGAGGUUGGCAGAGUCUGCCGAAGAUGCUGACCUGUACCAUGAAUUCAACGCCACUUUGCAGUUUGACUACUACAACUCUAUGCUGAUCAACACUAUGGAUGACGAUGGCAACUUUAUUGAGCUGGGGGGAGAGUUCGCCCUCGAGGAGAACGAGCACUUCAACAAACUCCCCGUCAACACCAUACAGAGCAACAUACAGGUGCCCACCAACGUCUACAACAAGGACCCGGAUAUCCUGAACGGAGUGUACAUGUCGGAGGCUCUGAACGACAUCUUCAUCAGCAACUUUGAGAAGGACCCAACGCUUACCUGGCAGUACUUUGGGAGCUCCACAGGAUUCUUCAGACUUUACCCUGGCAUUAGGUGGACCCCAGAUGAGAAUGGAGUCGUCACCUUUGAUGCCCGGAAUCGUAACUGGUACAUCCAGGCCGCCACCUCCCCGAAGGACAUCAUCAUCGUGGUGGACAUCAGCGGCAGCAUGAAGGGGCUGCGGCUGACCAUCGCCAAGCACACCAUCAACACCAUCCUGGACACACUCGGAGAGAACGACUUCGUCAACGUCAUCGCCUACAGUGACUAUGUGCGGUAUGUGGAGCCCUGCUUCAAAGGCACGCUGGUGCAGGCUGAUCUGGACAAUCGAGAGCACUUCAAGCUGCUGGUUGAGGGGUUACAUGUGAAAGGAGAAGGAAAAGUCAAGAAGGCCAUGAAGGAAUCCUUCCGUGUCCUCAACGAGGCGGCUACGUUGGGGGUGGGUAGUCUGUGUAAUCAGGCCAUAAUGCUGAUCACUGACGGAGCCAUGGAGGAUUUCCAGCAGGUGUUUGCAGAUUUCAACUGGCCAGAGAGAAAGGUGCGAGUGUUCACCUAUCUGAUUGGACGAGAGCUCACCUUUGCUGAUAACGUCAAGUGGAUCGCCUGCAAUAACAAAGGUUACUACACCCACAUCUCCACCUUGGCGGACGUGCAGGAGAACGUCAUGGAGUAUCUCCACGUCCUGAGCCGGCCAAUGGUCAUCAACCACGACCACGACAUCAUCUGGACUGAAGCCUACAUGGACAGCGUGCUCUUCAGCUCUCAGGCCCAGAGUCUGCUGCUGAUGACAUCAGUGGCCAUGCCUGUGUUCAGCAAAAAAGAGGAGACGCUGUCCCACGGCAUCCUGCUUGGAGUGGUGGGCACUGACGUCCCUCUGAGAGAGCUGAUGAGGCUGGCGCCGAGAUACAAGCUGGGUGUUCAUGGGUACGCGUUCCUCAACACCAAUAACGGCUACAUCAUGUCUCACCCUGAUCUCAGGCCACUGUAUAAGGAGGGGAAGAAGCUGAAGCCCAAACCAAACUACAACAGUGUGGACCUGUCUGAGGUGGAAUGGGAGGAUACAGAACAGAUACUGAGAACCUCUAUGGUGAAGGGGGAAACAGGAACUCUGUCUCUGGACGUCAGAGCCACCGUGGAGAAAGGGGUAUGA